GUUGAAGUUCAAAGUUCCAAUAUUACAGUAAAAAUAGGGUACUCGCUGUCUGGCAGCUUGUCUGUUUGCUGGGAAUAAUAAACAACUCGGUGGUCACGGAGAACUCUAGCCGGUUGGCACCGCAGCGAAAGCCGGCAGAGGAAAGCGGAGAUGGCCCUCAGCUAAUCAGCGCCUUGUGUUACUCAGCUGUCGGAGGAUUUAAGGAGCGACGGCUAGCUGGAUGCUAACAUUAGCACGCUAGCUUGCCAGGAGCACAUAGCAACUGCUGCUAGCUAACGUCACUGGACUGGUACUCUUCCCCCUCAGACUGCAGCUAUGUUCGUCCAGGAGGAGAAGAUAUUCGCCGGGAAAGUGUUGAAAAUACAUAUAUGCACCAUGGACGGCACGGAGUGGUUGGAGGAGGUCACGGAAGACACCACUGUUGAGAAACUGAAGGAGAAGUGCUUGAAACAUUAUGUGCACGGAAGUCUAGAAGACCCCAAAACACUUACCCACCAUAAACUCAUACAUGCUGCUACAGAGAGAGUCCUCACAGACAGCAAAACUGUCGCUGAUGAAAAUCUAAAAGAUAAAGAAGUUUUGCUUCUCAUAAAGAAAAGACCGCCGCCGACCCCUCCAAAGAUGGCAGAAGUUAGUUCAGAAGAAAAGAAGAAACAAGAUAACAAGGCUCCAGACAAAGAUGCAAUUCUGAAAGCCACCGGCAAUCUGUCCACGCGCCACACUGACCGCACUGUCACCCAGCAUAACAUCAGAGAUUUUCAGACGGAGCUAAGAAAAAUCCUGGUUUCUCUCAUCGAAGUCGCCCAGAAACUUCUUGCUUUGAACCCUGACGCUGUUGAACUCUUCAAAAAGGCCAAUGCGAUGUUGGAUGAAGAUGAAGAGGACCGGGUGGAUGAAACCGCCCUUCAGCAGCUCACUGAGAUGGGUUUCCCUGAGAGCAGAGCCAUCAAAGCCCUUAGAUUGAAUCACAUGUCAGUCACCCAGGCGAUGGAGUGGCUUAUUGAGCAUGUAGACGACCCCUCUGUAGACGCACCUAUACCUGCCCCGGACUCCUCUGGGGCAGCAGGAGCCACAGCAGCUGCUACACCGGGCCCUUUGGCCUCAGCCUCUGCUUCCGCCCCAGCAUCGGCCUCCGCCUCAGCAUCGGCCUCCGCCUCCGCCUCUGUUCCUAACCUUCUCCGCAGUCUAUCCAGCCAGGCGAGCUCUGAAGAGAGCAGCAGGCAGGACGAACUAACAGAGAUCUUCAAGAGGAUCCGCAGGAAACGGGAGUUCAGACCAGACUCCAGAGCUGUCAUUGCGCUGAUGGAGAUGGGGUUUGAUGAGAAGGAAGUGGUUGAUGCUCUGAGGGUUAAUAACAACCAACAGGAUGCUGCGUGUGAGUGGCUGCUGGGGGACAGGAAACCCUCUCCAGAAGAUCUGGACAAAGGCAUCGACACCAGCAGCCCGCUGUUCCAAGCCAUUCUGGAGAAUCCAGUGGUCCAGUUAGGCCUCACCAAUCCCAAGACCCUGCUAGCGUUUGAAGACAUGUUGGAGAAUCCUCUGAACAGCACGCAGUGGAUGAACGACCCUGAGACCGGCCCUGUCAUGCUCCAAAUAUCCAGAAUCUUCCAGACCCUCAAUCGCACAUAGAGCCUCCUGGUGACCCCUGUGUGACUGCGGCAGCUUGUGUGUGUGUGUGUGUGUGUGUGUGAGUGAGCGUGGGUAUGGAUGUGUGUGUGUAUCUGGGUGCGGCAGAGACACGAGUAUUGUUUUUGCCUCGUAAAGACAAAGCUGGAGGAGUUUGAGUUCAGAUGUUACACAUAUAAACUAUUUAUAACAGUACAGUAAAUACACUUAUACGGAAGAAAUGUUAACAUAAACAUUAUUACAGUAAUAAUAAAAAAAAAGAGAUUUAGUAUGUUUUUACAUUUUAAUGAGAACAAUUUAUAGUUAUAGUCAUGACAGACAUGAUUUAUUUUAUAUAAUUUCUCCAUGUGCAGAAAUGACAUCAGACAUGAAUUCAAUGUUUACACUUCAAAGAAAACUGUUUUUGUAUUUUUUGCAAUAUUUAAAUAUCAAUUACAGUUUUGUCUGUCUCUUUAAAUUGUUACAUUUCAUUUGUGGUGAAUGUUUGAAAGACUUCUGUCAGUAUCACAAUUUGCUUUUCUUUCCUCUUUUUCUAGUUUUUAUCAAAGUAACUGCUUAUAAUUGAGAGGCUGGUUGUUUAAGUAUUGUGUGUUUGCUUAAGCUCGUUUCAAACGGGCUUUCAGACCGGUUACCUCUCGCUCCAUUCACACCUGUGAGGUCACUGUAAAUCAACCACCUCUCUCUAAAAAGUGGAGAACGUUUGUCCUUGGGCUUCUUCAAGAAUAUUUAUUUAACUUUCUUGCCUUUUUAGAUGAAAGCUGUACACUAAACUGUUUGUGUCUUAGUCAUGUUUUUACAAGAAAAGGAUAUAUUAGGCCUGUGUGUUUAUUGUCAAUGUGCUCUUGAAUGUCAUAUUAUCAUGUUGCGCUCAUUUAGCACUUGUUCACCUCUAUGAAUAUGACUCACUGCAGCACUGAGGAAGUUGAAAGAAGGGUUCAUAUUUUGUCUCUAAAGGCUGUAGUGGAAUGUGGAAAUGAAGCUGCGCCUAAUAUAAAAGGGGUUUGCCUUUUUGUAACCUUAAAUUUGAAUGAUGAAAAUGCGUGUUCACUUCAUGCUGCAGGGGGAAAGCAUCUUCAUACACAAAGAAAUAAUAGAAUUUGAGACGCAACCUGUGUUGGGUCUUUGGUUUACUUUUUUUCUUUUUCUUGAGAGCAGUGGACAUUUAUGCUGUCAAAACAAAAACAAAAUGUCACUAUAUAACCUGCCUUGUCAUUAGUUUUAUCCAUUGAAAAAUGCCCUGUAUUUCUGUGCAAUAGCAAAGGACUUCUGUUGACCUUUAAAGAAAUAGAUUUGAUUCGAGUUUUAGAAGCGUGUGAACUGCAAUGGGUGUUCAACAAUAUUAGCCUUUGCAUUGAGUAGUGAACAUCUCAAGCUACGAAAAGGCAUGCUAAGGCCGAUCCUGCUUGUACUGAAAGUUACAAAUCAAUAUGGAGGGUGGUGUGUUUUGCCAAGCUUUUGAGUGUUUUUAUUCAAUAUUUAAAAUGUGGUAUUGAUGUGACUUUCUGCUCAGGGAGGCUGAGAUUGUUUUUCUAAACCUGUCUUUAUGGCAAACCUCUGCUCACCCCAUACUACUUUGGCAUUUGAAAAUGGCUUUAACUAAUCUGUGGAGAACUUUAUGAAUAAGAGCACUAAAAGACAUGGUUUCGUAAAUGCAAUAUUUGAAAAUAUUUAAAUGUUUUUAGAGAGAAGUGUCUGUUUGAACUAUGUAUUAUUACAUUAUUUAUAUCGAAGCCAAACUAGCAACUUGCUCUUAUUUAUAGCAUUUUUUAGCAAACCUCAAGCUAAUCUACAAAUGUGAAACAAUUUUAAUGAUUCAAAUGUUGUUUUUACAAACCAUUGUGAAAUGUGCUCAUGGACUGGUAGGUCUCAGUGUGACUUAAAGUGUUGUUUGAAUAAAGAAGGAUUUCUACACCACGUUCUGCAAUGCAGUGGACAUUCAUCAUGACCCAGUGACCAGCCACCACCUCCAUGCUUUGCAUCAGUAUGCAUACGCAACACUCCCCCAAUAUCUUGAAACAAACACUGGGAGAUUGUAAAGAAAACAUUUCCACAGGAAACGCAGACACCUUUCAAAAUGGUCAACAGGAACAUGAGAAAAGGAACUUUAUUGCUGAGGGACACUGAAGGAUUGUUGGAGGCACAGGUUUUUCUUUUCACUCAGCUUUCAUGCAGGACUGUCCCUAAUUAACAACCUAUGCAAUAUACUCUCACGGUCUGUUUGUUCAGACAGCCUCCUGGCUACUGGCAUUUAAAUCACUAUUGCAUUAAAGGUUUUAUUUGUGGCUGUA